UCAUGGAUAACAAAAGUUUUGAAAAAUUACUUCGUGAAUAUGGUGCAAAUAACAAAUCUGAAGAACUUGAAAAAUUGAUAGAUAAAAAAAAUAGCAAAGAGUUAUGUGAAUAUAUCGAACAACGCAUUACACAUGUAGACGCUUUGCCCAUAUGGAAUUAUUUAUUAAUUUCAGCAUCGUCCGAAAAAAUUUUCAAAAUGACACAAGUGGUUUUGGAAAAAAUAAAACGAGGUGGUGUAACAAUGAAUCAUGAAAAUGAAAUAAUUCAACGAUUAGGAUCAAAGAUAUGUAAAUUUAAAACAUCACAGCUAUUAAAAUUAGUCGACUUUUGCAUAGAAAGUAUUCAAAAGUAUGAGGUUAAUAAUUCGAUGUGUUGGAAAGAUUUAUUAACAGAAUUGCUCACUAUUUUAAUGACAAAAGAUAAAAUAGAGCACUACGAUACAGAAAUGACUGGAGCGGAAUACAAAUCUCAAAUAAUCAAAUCACUUUGUGUUAUAAAAUGGUCAACAAAUAUUGUUACAUCUUUGGCGGCUAUGUUUAUCAAUAUCCCGUUAUCAAAAGAAGAACAUUUACAAAUUGUAAAUAAAUUGGGGAAGUAUAUGGAUGGUAUGACUCCUCAAGAAAUUCCAGCAUUUACUUAUCAAUUACUAAAAUUAUGUGAAAAUCAAAAUGGAAUUGCAGUUAUUAUGAGAUUGAAAGAUUAUUUUGGAAAAAGAUUGUAUAUCGGUUUUAAUAAAGUUGGAGAUUCGGAGGAUAGCAUUUUCGAUGAAAAUGAUGAACUAGAUGGUACGAAUAAUUUAGAAGUUAUACAAGCAGAAAGUACUGUACUUUAUCAUAUACAUAAUUCAGCAAACACAGGCCGGAGAUUUAUAAAAGAUUAUAUAAAUUCUAUAAAAUUGAUAUCAUCGUCCCCUGAAAGUAUAUUACAUCCAUUUCAAAUAAUUGUAUUAUUAUCAAUAUCAUGUGUGAAAUUAAAUGAAACUGAAAAUGUAUUGGAUAUUAUUAAGUAUGCGAUCACAAAAUCAAUUAUUGAAGAUCAAAAACGUUUUGAAUCAGCAUGGUUUAGAGAUACUGUACCACAAAGAGUUAAUUUAAAGUUAAUAUUUAAUACAAUUCUUGAUAGCAAUUUACAAGUACGUGGUAUGGUUGUUCAAGGCUUAAUAAAUCUAGCAUUUUGUUUACUCUCUACAAGUCCAACAAUUGGUAGAAAAUUAGUAGCCGAAAAACAAUGGAGAUUGAGCUAUGUAAUUUUAAUAAAAAUAGUCAAAAAGAGAUCGGAUGUUACGCCUAUUGUUUUAAAAGAACUUCGAAAUAAAAUACUUGCUGAAGAAUCCAAAACUCAGUAUCCUGAAUGUUUCUACAAAUUAUGCCGCGCUGCACCUUAUGAAAUGUAUCAAAGUCAAAAUAUUGUUGUUCAAAUUGUGGAACAAUUAUUACAAUUAUCAAGUACAUCAGCAGUACUUGUUAUUCGAUCAGUACUCUUAUUGAUAAAAUUUUCGUUUAAUAUUCGAGAUUCAUUAGUAUUAGUUUUAAGAAAAGCUCUCUAUUCAUGUGAUACAAGUACUCGACAAAUUGCAAUUGUAGGAUUUUUAGAAUUAUUAGAGAAUUUAAAAGUGUGUAAUUUAGUUGCAUUUAGUCAAUCUGAGAGUAGUCAUUCAAAUACCUCAGGUAGAUCUAUAUUAUCACAAAUAAUAUCACAAAAGCGUCGUGAUGAAACACCGACGCAUAAUGUUCAUAGUAACGAAGUAUUAUGUUUGGAAAUUAUUCAUAUAUUAAAAAGAUGUUUUAUUAUGCAAUCGGAAGUUAAAAUGCAACUAUAUGAAGGUUUAUUUAAUGCAAUCAGUAAAAACCAAGAACUCCAAACUCAUGGUUUGGAUCUUUUACAUUCGCAUUUUAGUCAAUUUUAUCAAGACGAUGAGAAUAUUCCAUUAAAUUUAAUAGGUAUUGUACAAUUAAAAAAUACAGAAGCUAUUUUACAUGAACCAAUUGCCAAAUUAAUAUUCAUCAUAGGUUUAAUUGUUUCCAAGCUAAAAUCAAAUGAUGAUAUCAAUAUUAGAAGUUUUACACUUUUGAAAGAACAAUUAAUAGCUUUAGUUAAUAAUAUGGCGCGCUGUGAUGUGACUAAUUUUGAGUUGGACAAUGGUACUGAUUUAUUAGAUAUUUUACCUGAAUCACAGCAAAAAUUGUUAGAAUUACAACAAAUACUACUUGUCUACGAAGCUUUAAUUAGCUACACAAUUUUUUCAUGGGAUAAAACAUCUGAUUCCGGAUUACAAGUACUUCACUUAUUUAAAGCUUAUACGAGAUUUAUGGAAUUCGGAAAAAAUUUGAGUAAAAAGAAAGAAACAAAACGGAAAAAGGACGAUUCAGUGGUUAAAAAGACAGCAUCAUCCAGUAAAACGCCAGUAUUUAAACUUAAAACACAUGUUAUUACUUUGGACGUCAUUGAAAAAACUGUGUCGUUGUUAUAUUUAGAUUCUGUUGAAUGGGCAACAAAGCAACAAUCAAGUCAUCUACGAACAAAUCGUGAAUUCAAUAGAUUUAUUUUAAAUACGUUACUCGAUUUAUUAAACACAACGCCAGAAAUUAAACCAUCAAAUAAUGAAUCAUUUGUAAAUUACACGAAUAUAGCCAAAAUUAUAUAUCAAAGAUGUAUACAACGAAUUGAUGAUUUAGCAGACUUUGAUCGCCAAAUUGCUGCUUUAUCAUUAGAAGUAUUUUAUACUAUUUUGCAAAUCGUUUGUAAUCAACAUGAAAAGAAAUUGGGUGAAUUCCUAAAUGAAGUAAAUGAUUCUACAUCACUGAAAACUCUAAGUGAAGAAAUUUUUCCAUUCCUUGAAACAUUUGAAAACUUAUUGGAAAAUGAAGAUGUUGAAGCAGAUGAAGAAGAAGGAAUACGCAAAAAUGGAUCAAUGAUUUUAAGUAUUAUUUCUUUGCUUACUUCUCAUUUACCCACAUCAAGUGUUUAUACAUCACAAGUUUUAGAUUGGGCCAAAAAAGUAUGUGAUACAGAAAUCAAUUGUAAUAAAAAUACAAAAACAACUUUAUUAAAUCUCUUGUAUUUAUUACAAAUGCGAUGUAAGGCUUUAAUCCAACCACGAGGUGAAAAUGAAAACUCAUUGUUUGAUAAUGUGGCUAAUCAAAUUUGUUCAAUUAUUGGAAGUAUAGAUCAUGAAACAGUUGAAGGUACUCCCACAAUUAAACUUAUAAACGAAGAGGUUGGAGUUUCAGCAUUAGAAGGAUUAUGUAAUAUAUUCAAAUCGCAAUUAGAUGAUAUUGACUGGAUAAUAUUACGUUUUCGUGCCGAUUAUAGUAUGAUUACAUUUCCGGGAGACGAUAGUAUUGAAAAACGAAGAGAUAAAUUAAGGAGUAAUGAGUGUGAUUUAUGCUCACAUAUGUGCCAUUUAAUUGAAAUUGCUACUACCAUGAGUAAUAUUGCUAUUUCUUCGGGUGGUAUUUUGGAAAUACUUUUGAAAACAUUAACACAUUUAUAUAAUACAUUAGGAUCGAUGACGAAAUAUUUUAUUAUUCGUAGUACUAAAGAGAAUCCAGCUUUUCAACAUGCAAGAUUUGAAAAAGUAAUACAGUUAUCUGGUAAAUAUUUAUCAACAAAUGUUUAUAACAUGAUUCUAUUUAUCGAGGAAAAUCAACAACCACAAGAAAAUAAUGAUCAACCGAAAGCGAAAAAACCUAAAUUGAAUUCAAUGCAACUGAAAUCUAAAGUAUUAAAAGAUACAAAAUUUAUACCAAAAUUAGUAUAUGAGAUUGAACAAUUUAGUAAAUUUAUUAUACGAUUAUCAAAUAAAACUAAAAUUGAUUUGAAAAAGUAUAUGCGACAGGGAACAUCAAGAGAUUUUCGAAUAAUUGUCCCUGCAUUAAAAGAAGCGUUAGAAAAUGUCAACAUGGACGAAUCGGUUGAAGAUGAAUCUGUUGUAGACAAUAAUGCUACUGAAAGUAAUAUAAAUUCUGAUAGUGAUCAAAAUGAUGAUGACAAUUAA